AUGUCAAGCCGUGGCGAGAUUCUUGGACAUGAUCUCAUGUCUCCGUACAUCAUAUUGCGCGAUCAAGCUCGAACAGCCAGCAUAGACCCCUCGUCGAGAGCAAAACUUUCACCUACAAAGAAGGGCGCUUCUUCGAGCAAGACGGAAGAGAAUACUUUCAGCGACUUCCUUGAGUAUGUCGACAAUCUUCUCGAUCGGCCUAGGCAGAAUUCUAGCAUGGGCUUGCUUUCACCUACUGGCACCAUGCCCGGUCGCUCAACGAUUGCUGAAGGGCCUCAGACCAUGAAGGAGGCUAUUGAUACAGCCAUCUUGCGCAGCAACUUGACAGGUGCUGCCAACCAGAGCGCCAAUCGCUUUGAGAUUGCUCGCAGCGGCCGCCGUGUCGCGGUCAUUAUGUUGGCGCGGCCCUCUUAUCGGUUAGGCGAAACAAUGUCUGCCGUAAUCGACUUCACAGAUUCACGCAUUCCCUGUUACUCAAUACAAAUCUCACUGGAGACUUCAGAGAAGGUCGAUCCGGCGAUAGCGCUUCGUUCGAAUGCGUCGAUAUACCGCGUCACGAAGAAAGUGCACGCAUCAUUUUCAGAGAAUGCGCUGUUUGCGCAAAAGCUGGCCUUCUCACCGACGAUACCACCCAACGCGACACCAGAAUUCAUUACCAGUGGCGUCAGUCUAGAGUGGAAACUCAGAAUCGAGUUCAUCACCCCGCGACUAACGCAUGAGGACGGGGAGGAGACCUCAUGGGAUGAUCUCUUGGAAGAGAUAUCUAGCGACGAUCGAGGUGUCAUAUUAGCAGCGGCGCAACGAUUACCCGCCGAGAGCUUUGAAGUGCAGGUACCAAUACGGGUAUACGGGGCUGUGAGCGGGGCGCCCGAAGCACCUGAUGAACAGGGUCUUCCUGUAUGA